AUGAAUGGACGUCAUACAUUUCACAGCGCACAUCCACAAUCAACAUCUCAUCUCAUAAUUAAACGUUCCACUCCAGUCGUACCAGUCCUAAUAGGUCCUCAAAUACCUCGCCGCGAACGAGAAGAUACCCAUGAACGUUAUUGUCGUGCAUUGUUAACAUUAUUCGUUCCAUGGCGAUCAGUUCAAGAUCUUUGUGAACUGAAUCAGACAUGGUCAGAAGCAUUGGAAGCACGAAGAUUAUUGAUCUCUCCCAACUCGCUUAAGAUAAUAGAAAAUAUAGAACUUUUACACGAAUGUAAACACGAUCGAGAUGAGCACCUUCAUCAAGCUCUUUUAGAAGCCCAAAAUGAAAAUAGCAUUGAACCUAUUUUGAUGCCUAACUACUAUGAAGGUGAUGAAAAUGCAGACGAAGAUGAUCCUGAGCAACUUUUACAAAUGCUCUCCAUCGUAAAUGAGACCACCACAAACGCUUACUCUGCAUUGGCAGGUACUCAUGAACAACGCUAUGUUCGUGAUGCAUUACAAGCAAUUGAUAAUACAGAUAGAUUUGCACUACUCAAUGGCUGUACACGUGGUAAGGGCGAAACUAAGUAUGAUAUCAUACACGACGUCCAUACAUUUGUCGUAGCUCGCGAGCAUCAUACGACCAUGAUUAAAGAGUGGAAACGUGACAUUGAAGUCCGACGAGAUGAAGCAAGAAACUAUUUAAUUUCAAGCGAUGGUACUCUGGAAGUACCAGAUGAUGAAACACAGAUUGAAGUCGUAGACGCUGAAAUUCCAACAAGCCCAAUUAAAACAAGACUUACAAGAGUUCCACCUGUGACUACAACCAAUGCAAUUUUAUUUCCAACAAAACAAGAUAUUAUUAGACAGUUUACACUAAAUACUCAGCAAAAAUAUGCUUUUAUGAUUGUUACUAGUCACUUAGAUGGCGAAAAUCAUGCUAAUAUCGGUACUAUCGAUAAUCAGUUAUUGAUGUGCAUACCUGGCUGCGGUGGCACUGGAAAAUCUCAAUUGAUUCGUGCAAUUACAGAGUAUUUUCAACUAACAAAACGGGGCAAGAUGCUGCGUAAACUGGCACCAACAUCUAUAGCAGCAGCUAAGAUUGACGGGUUAAUUAUCCAUUCAUUUUUAAGUGAAAAUCGCAAAAACGGUAAAAAGAAACAAACCCGUACAUUUAUACCUGGUGAUAUGAAAUUAGAAAAUGAGUGGCGUCAUGUGAAGUACUAG